AACUUUAAAAUGCAUGCUCAGGUGUUCUACUUUUCCAGUUUUUGGUUUUUUUAAACGUGGGAAUUGAUGAUCAUUUCUCUCUUUUUUUCGUUUUCCUUGAACUGAUGUAUCCUAUCUGUUUGACCUUUUUCACAUAGGAAUGGAAAAUGGUUACUUCAUCUUUGGUUACUUUUCACUGAAAAUGUUGUUGCACAUGCAACCAUUAGCUGCUCAAUUAUCCCAAUAUGACCAGUGUGGUCUUGCAUUCAAGGUUAAUAUGUUUUUACAAGUUGGUAGUCUUGCAGGUACCAGUGUGCUGUGGGCUUUACAGCAUGGAGAAAGUAGCAUCACGUGCGUCAUGGAUACUUGGAAGAACUGGGAAACAUCUAUUCUUGACUGAUAGUGAUUACGGAAAACCUCCUCUUUUGCUUCAGAUGGUCAAAGACUCUGAAGAUCUAAAAUUUAUAUCUGCUUUGCACUCAUUCAAGCGACAAGUGGCCUAUGCAAAUGUCCGUUUUGACCAUCUUGUUGGGUGGAGUUCAUCGUCACUGCGUAGAAGGAAUGAGCUACCGAAGAGACGAAAUCUUCAAAAGCAUGCUAAAUACCCACACAUUUUUUAUGAACUGGCGUCAAAAACUGACAAACCUCAAGAAGUUCGUUUGGAAGCCAAAAUUGUUAGAGGCAAGACCAAUGAAAUGGAAGGUUUGUUAAUUCUUCAAUCUACUAAAUCAACGAUUAUUGUCUCCUUCAGUAGCAAAUCUUAAUGUGGUUCACCAUUGUUCUGGUAACUAUGUAUUUAUUCUCUAAAAUGAUAUUUUAUUGGAGCAAUGCCAUAUUUCUGAUUGAUCAGACUUUGUUUUCUUUUAAAAUAUUAAUGCAAUGGCUAAAUAUUUACGUCUUUGCUUUGGUUAAAGUUGUAUUCACACGCUAUCUUUAUAUCUGCAGUCAUAGAAUAGUUAUCAUAAUGCAUUAACUGUGGUAAUUUUCUGCCUAUGCGGAUAAGGCUUUGGUGUAGUAGCACUGAGCCAAAACUUUUACAUGUGUGGUGACAAGAAAUUAAGCUGUGUGGAUGACAGCCAAUUAGGUAUUUUGACUAUAAGUAUUUGGGUCUUUGGUUUUUACAAGCUCAGAAAUAUACUUGUUUUUACAAAUAGGAAUUCUCAUCUUUUGUUUCAUGUAAUUUCACUGCAAAACAUAAUAUUAUACUGUAUAUUUUAA